GGGCGGAGCGGGGCUUCUCGCACCUGGGUAAAGCGGCACGCGCGCUGCGGGGCAGGUGCGCGGGGCCGCGGUCGAGCUCGGGCUGCCAGGCCCCGGCUCGCCGGUGUCAUGGACGGCCUGCGCCAGCGCUUCGAGCACUUUCUGGAACAAAGGAACUUGGCCACCGAAGCGCUAAGGGCGCUCGAAGCCAAGACAGGUGUCGACAAGCGGUACUUAGCCACGGGAGCCGCCACUCUGCUAAGCCUGUAUCUUCUGUUCGGCUUCGGGGCGUCUCUACUGUGCAAUGUAAUCGGAUUUGUGUACCCAGCAUAUGCUUCAAUCAAAGCUAUCGAGAGCCCAAGCAAAGAAGACGACACUGUGUGGCUCACCUACUGGGUGGUGUAUGGACUGUUCGGGCUGGCCGAGUUCUUCAGCGAUCUACUCCUGUCCUGGUUCCCUUUCUACUACGCGGGCAAGUGCGCCUUCCUGUUGUUCUGCAUGGUUCCCGGGCCCUGGAACGGGGCUCACAUGCUGUAUCAUCGCGCGAUACGGCCGCUGUUUCUAAAGCACCACGAGGCCGUGGACAGCGUCGUGAGAGACCUCGGCGGGAGAGCCCUGGACGUGGCAGUGGGAAUAACCCGGGACGCCCAAGCAAGCGUGACCCAGCCCCAGAAGGACAAGUGAAACCCUCGUCCAGCCGCUACGCAGACCUGCCGCCUGGCGAGCUGGGGGGCACGUCACACCCCAAGCCCUCCACGAACUCCUCGACUGACGCCUCGGGGGAGCCCCCCGCCAGCCCCGCUUCCCCGAGCAAGCCGCUCCCCGGGAGCGCCU